GAUAAAAGACAAUGUGGGUGCUGAUUACUGGGAGAGUGGUACCAGACGUGGAAUCGCAAAACAGCAGGUGUUCAAAGACAGCAUGAGAAUUUUAAUGGAGCGCUACAAUCAGACUGGGGGGUUUCACACUCUGCAGCGCAGGAGCGGCUGUGAGAUUCGGGAGGAUGGCAGCAUCGGAGGGUCCCGGCAACUUGCAUAUGAUGGGGACGACUUCCUCAGCUUUGAUAUGAACACUUACACAUGGGUCGCUGCGGUCAAGGAAGCUGAGAUCACUCAGCGCAGGUGGAAUGAGGAUACAGCCGAUCUUCAGUAUCGGAAGCAGUACACAGAGAAGGAGUGUAUUGAGUGGCUAAGAAAAUACCAGCAGUAUGGGAACGAGGUUCUUCAAGGGAGAGAACCCGCAGCCAUUGAGGUGUCAGACAAGGCAACCACUGACGGGCUCACCAGGCUCUCCUGCAGUGCCUAUGGCUUCUACCCCCGGGACAUCGCUGUGACCUGGAUGAAAAACGGGGAGAUGAGAGAGCAAGAGACUCAGCGAGGGGACAUCCUACCCAGUGGGGAUGGGACCUACCAGAUUCGGGCAACCUUGGAGAUCAAUCCCAAGGAGGGAGGCCGUUACUCCUGCCUUGUGGAUCACAGCAGCCUGCCAGAGCCUCUCAAUGUCUUCUGGGAGCCCCAGUCCAAUGUGAUCCCCAUUGUGACUGGAGUGAUCGGUGCCGUGGUGGCUGUCGUGGCUGCAGUAGUCGGAAUCAUCAUCUGGAGAAAGAUUGGCUCAGGGAAAAAAGGAGCUGGCUACUCACCUCCAGGAAGUUACCAAGGAUCCAGCUCCUCUACAGAAAAAAACUUGAUCAGUAAAGGAACGUCUGUCCCAGCGUAAUGGAGCUGGUCAGAGUCUGUGCCGCAGGCUGCAGGGAUCCCAGAGAGAAGAAACCAGCACAGACUGAUCUCUCUGCAACCGCUAAUCAGCACCUUCCUGUCUCCUUUUGUUUCCUGCAGUGUCCCAUGAAGGUGUUCGGGCUCCUCCCUGGCCACUUAGCAACUGCUUGCUUUGUAAACAUAUUAGAAAAAAAUCAUGACGUGAUUGCAGAAUGUAUUUUCAACAUAAAGAAUAACAAGAAGCAUAUAAAUUAUGAUUCUUCUUAAAGGGUUUUUUCUCUAAACACUGUUGUUUAUCGCUACUGGUGCCCUUAUACAAUGCAAUAGCUGCUUUUGGGUCUGGUGACUCAGUUUUUUGUUAAUGCUUAUGAUAUAGUAAAUCAGUGUUCUGGUAGAAUCAUAGAAUAUCAGGGUUGGAAGGGACCUCAGGAGCCAUCUAGUCCA